AUGGCCCUCCGUCGGUACACGCGGUCUGUCGAUGGCACAAUUCCCGUCCAGGCUUUGCUCUACGACGACGAAGAGCUCGUCGCUGUUCAGGAUAGCGUCGGUAUCUAUGAUGGCUCUCAGAAAUCUCCAGAGCACCAAUCCGGGACUAUACAUCUCUCCACGCACCGUCUCUUCUAUAUCGACUCGCAGCAGGAAGCGACGCAGUCGUUUGCGCUGGAUUUGGCCUACGUGACCCAGACAGAUCAUUAUGGAGGGCUGUUCAGUUCCUCUCCCAAGGCUACGCUAUAUUUAACGGCACCCAGCUCCUCUGAUAAUCUUGGAUUAGGCACCAUUACCACGGCCGUGCCUGCUUUUGAAAGCUGGGAAUGUGAGGUUUGUGCGUAUCGCAAUCCUCCCGGUCUCAGUCCAUCCGCAGCGAGAAUAUGUUCGCUUUGCGGCGUCCCACGUAGCGCGGUGCCUGCCCCUGAGCCGCGAGCUACUUCGCUGCCUUCUUCACCACCAGUUUCCGGGACCACAACGCCAGUUUCCCAUGAUCCAACGAUGUCUAUUGCAUGUCCUGCGUGUACUUUUCUCAAUCAUCCCUCCCUAUCAGUCUGCGAAAUUUGUUCCACGCCGCUUCCCAGAGUAAAACACUCCUCGGAACGGAGCUUCUCCGCCAAGUCAGCUCCAGCAUCCCGGCCAAGGUCUCCCGAUGAUGAAACAGUCCCUCGUAUGAUUAAGAUAAGUUUUCGCAAGGGUGGAGACAAAGCCUUCUAUUCGGCUCUAAAACGGAGCUUGAAAGGUAAAGCCUGGGAGAAUAACGAACGCGGUACUCCGUCUGAACGUCAUGCCACAACUCGAUCAGGGAUUAAUGGUAUCCUGCGAGUUGUGGAGAGCUCUGCUCAGAAUAGAGAGAACGAUCUACAGGACUCGCUUCAGGAUCUUGAAGCAUUGAUGAACAAAGCCAAAGAAAUGGUUCGCUUGGCUGCCGAUCUCAACGAGAAGCUCACUGCGUCUGCAUCGUCUGGACCUUCUGCCUCCCCUCUGAACACUUCCAUCAAUUCCGACUCUUCGGCGCUGGUACCAGUCACGGAACCGGAAGAGGCUACUUUCAUUCGAUCGUCUCUAGCUCAACUUGGGCUACAGAUGGCCAAUACGCCAGUGACAUUAGAUAUGAUGAAGGAUGACAGGAAAUGGUUUGAUGAGCUCGCUCGCGAAUUGGCUGGAAUACUGCAAGGCUCGUCUCGUUCAGGGAAUGGUUCCACCGGUACCGGAUUACUGGGGGAACGUGGCAUCCUUCCUCUUGACGAAGUAUGGGGUGGUUGGAAUCGUGCGCGAGGUGUUGCUCUUAUACCACCGUCAACAUUUCUUCAAGUCAUCCCCCUUCUCUCCUCCUACACCGACCCUCCUAUACGCCGUCGAACCUUCGCUUCUGGUCUAAGCGUCCUGCAUACUCCUCCCUUCACUGACGCUGCCUUCGCUGCAAGGCUUUCUGGUCUUCUGGCGCUGUCUGGCCCAAAGACGACCAUUGAAGUGGCCCAAGAGGAGAAAAUGGCCGUCGGGCUGGCUACGGAAAUGAUCGAUGCUGUAGAACAAGGAGGUUAUAUAUGUCGCGACGAUGCCCAGGCCAAAAUUUCGGGAAGUAGUGGAGGAGGGGCAGAGCUCCGUUGGUGGGCGAAUAUUUUUGAAGGUUAUAGUUGGGACGGUCAAAGUGAUAUCAGUCAAGCGUGA